AAAACGCGUAUACGACGAACAGUCAUCAUCGCCGCGGCUGGGGCUGACUGAAUGGAGCCUCUUCUAUCACAGAGCUAGCCGAGAAGGAAGAAAAAAGAGCAAUCGCCUCGCCGAGGAGGAAAAAGUGUGUCAAUCGCGGCCAGUUUUUAGAAAAAUUAAGCUGUUAGUCUGAGGAUUUUAGUGUCCUUUUUCGAUUGCAUGGAAAAACGAGUUGUGAUUGUGCGGCGGAUCGACCGGAUGUAGACUUUUUCAGUGUCUACCCAGAGACGGUCUGAAAUUUUAGCUGGUAUACAUAGCUGGUGUUUUUUCUUCCACAUAACAAGCCGCCCCCGGAAAGCUAGAAGAGCUGCUCAAAUUGGAAGAAUAGUGCGUGUGAAAGAGAGUGAUAGUGCCCUGCCGGAGAAAAGUGCUGUGUGUUGAGUUGUUUUAUGUUUGACCGAUUUUCUUGCUGGUCAACUUGGUGUCGGUGUCCCUAGAAAUAAUUCCAAUCGUAAAUUUGCUCGGGAUCAGAUUAUCCUGCAAUAGCAGCACACAAUUCCAAAGGAAUAGCUGAAUGAGAAGCACUGAUCCAAGAUGAUUCUGCUCGAGAUCAACAACCGGAUUGUGGAGGAAACGCUGACUGUCAAGUACAAGAAUGCUAUCGCAGGUAACAAAGCGGAAUCCAUCGAUGUCACUGUGGCAGACUUUGACGGUGUGUUGUUUCACAUUUCCAACAUCAACGGAGACAAAACUAAAGUGCGAAUAAGUAUAUCGUUAAAAUUCUACAAACAACUGCAAGAGCACGGAGCAGACGAACUGCUAAAGCGAGAGUAUGGAGACCUGCUUAUCACACCAGAAGACGGCUACAACGUUUCGGUACUGGUUGACCUCGAGACCAUUCCCGACAACUGGGAGGAAACUGUGCGGAAGAUUGGCUUACUGAAGCGGAACUGUUUUGCUUCCGUAUUCGAAAAGUACUUCGACUUCCAGACGCAAGGUGAAGUGGAAGGGCAGAAGCGGGCGGUGAUCAAUUACAGGAAUGACGAGACGAUGUACGUGGAAGCCAAAUCGGACCGGGUGACCGUCGUAUUUAGUACGAUAUUCCGGGACGAAGACGAUGUAGUGUUAGGCAAGGUGUUCAUGCAGGAACUGCGAGAAGGCAGAAGAGCAUCACACACGGCGCCCCAAGUGCUGUUCUCCCAUCGGGAACCUCCGCUCGAGCUAGCGAACACUGGUGCAAGGGUUGGCGAAAACAUCGGAUACGUAACGUUUGUGUUGUUCCCAAGGCAUACAUCCAAGGAAACACGUGAUAACACAAUCAAUUUAAUCCAUAUGUUCCGUGAUUACUUGCACUAUCACAUCAAGUGUUCGAAAGCGUAUAUCCACUCCAGAAUGCGGGCAAAGACGUCGGAUUUCCUGAAGGUGCUCAAUCGUGCUCGUCCCGAGCCGAAAAAUACAGAAAAGAAAACUAUUACUGGGCGAACAUUUAUCAGAAAAGAAUGAUUUUGGAACUCAUCUGACAUCUAGUUGUUAAAUGUGUAAGUAAAUAUUUACUAAUAAUAAAACAAAACCAAGCAAAACGUCUAGCGAUUGGGUUAAAGGGGAAAGUACGAAAAAAUGAACCUGUCCUCGAUCGUCCGCUGUGCAAAUAUUUGGGAGAUACAAUUUAGAAAUUGCGAAUGAGCAUGUGUAGAUGUGCGAAAAGUAAAAAUCCAAGCAUUUAAAGAGAGUAAAACUAAUGGAAAAGCAUAAAACACGUAAAAUGUAUUCGCAUGCAUUUUGGAACAUUAUUUAGGAACUUUAACAGUCAAAAUCCUUGAUCGCCGCUGCCAACAAGAAAAAAAUUACAGUUAUUAUAAAACUAAUUAUAAUAAAAAAACAUUUUUAAAGAAAUUUAAAUAUUUUAUUAACUAAAGGAACAAAUUGCAAUUAACUUUGAAUGAAUGAAUAAUGGACAGCCACUACUAAACUACUAAAGUAUAGGAAGCAAUUGAACGGGGAAAGUGAAACUUAUAAAUAGAGAAUGUCAUAUAGUGAGUGAGAAAUUGCGGUGACAAUGUUCAGUUUAUCUAAAAUACAUCCAGCAACCGAAAGACGCCUAUACAUCAACUGGCGCACGGGAUAGCUCCUAGCUCCUGUUUUCUCGUGUGUCGUUGUGUGCUAAGAAAAGUAAUCCAAGAAAUGUGUCGCACAAUUCCGAGAUUAUGUUAACCCCAACAUAGGACACAAGAACCUGUAACAGCCGAUCAAAAAGCAUCCCCAUCUAGUGUAAAGCGACUAAAGUAAUUACCUUAAGAGAAAAAAAUACAAAAAAACUACUACAUGAAAAAAUGAUAAUGCGUCAUUUUCAGAAAACCAUUUGCUGAACUAACAUUUUGAGGAAUCCAUUUAACGAGAUUAAAGAGGCAGCAAGCUAUACAGUUUAUAGGAACAUGGUUGUUUAUUGUAUUGUUCAUUGUAAUUUUUAGCGUUUUGCAUUCAUUUCGUUUUUACCUUGCUCUUUCUCUUUUUGAUUUUGUUAUUGUUAUCUUUAGUUAAAAACUUUGGGUUGUGCUACUUCUUUAAACAACUGUAUUCUUGAACAAGCUUAAAAAUGAGUUCUAAAUGAGCGAGUGCAGUUGGCGGAAGUUCGCAGCUAAUCUAUUGAAAUAUUGACUAUGUUAGAUUUUGGAAAUUACAACAUUAUUCAAGUCGUUGCUGUGGUGCUGCUGCAGAGCAAUCAUGAGCACACAAUGGAAAACGCCCGUUUAGCAAAUGAUUUUCCGCAGAUGAUGUAGUAUCUAAGAAACCAAUGUUGUUUAUGAGAUGUAGUCAGUUAGAAUGUUCUACCAAGAAGUGUGAACUUUAAUCGUGCCCCAUUCGAGGUGAACAGUGUUUAAACGAAAUUAGCAACUAUGAAGCUAAUAUAGUCAAACAAGGUCGCACGGCAGGUGCGGUCUGGGUAAUGCGAUGAUGCCGUUUCCUCAUAACUAGGCAAGUUGUAUAGUUCACUUUAACAAGCUCUUAAAGCUUCCGAAGCGUUUGAAGUGUACUACAUAAUUUCAGUUGUUAUUUAGGCAAUAUUUAAGAAUACACGACCCCGUAUGAACCGUUGCUGCUUUAACGUGGGUAGAAACGAAAAUGCGACCAUGAUUACGGAAACAAAUUAAAUCUAAUAAAUUGAAACGUGUAAGAUAUAUUGACAG